CUGCGUGUAGUUUGUGUAAGUCGUUUAAAGUCACAAUGAUUCCCAAGAAAUGGCUUCUUUCUUCAGAGAUGCUUUGGGAGUUUGCAUGGUUCCAUCUUCUCUCACGUCUAUUGUGAAAGGUUGAUUGGCCAGGGACCAAUCCUUGCAAGUAUGGCCAGCGAACAGGAUCACAUCACUCCUGAUAGCAGGCGUCCGGAGCAGGACGAAGCAAAUCGGGAAAAGAAGGAGACUCAAGAUAUUGAGAGAACCAUUAGCAUCAUCGAUGAUGAAAAUGAUGGCGACUACGACGUCAGGAAAGAGAAUCGCUUCGGCGAGGUUACCGUCAUCGACAAUGCAAAGGACCUGAUUACUCACGUUCUACACGUCGACGACAACCCAAAUGAUACCCCGUGGACAUUUCGCGCGAUUGUUAUUGGCCUCAUCCUGUGCAUAUUCUCAUCUGUGCUGCAGGAGAUUUUCUACUUCAAGCCUCAAGUCAUCUACGUUUCGGUUGUCUUUCUCACUGUGAUUGCAUACAUCCUCGCACUGCCGUUCCAACUCAUCCCACGCCCAGAGGGCAAUGGCAUCAUAUCCCGGAUAUGCCGUUUCCUCAACCCGGCCGAGUUCAACUCCAAAGAACACGCUUUCAUGGUAAUCAUGGGAUCAGCGGGCUCAACAUCUGCGGUAGCGACGCAAAUCCUUGCAGCCCAGCGACUCUACUACGGAUCGAACCCAAAUCAAGGUGCCGCCAUCUUUCUUGUCAUCGCCUCACAGUUUCUGGCAUAUGGCAUAGCGGGACUCCUUCGAACAGUGCUUGUGCAGCCUGCCAAGAUGCUUUGGCCAAUUAAUAUCCCCGUCAACACGCUGCUAGAGACUUUACAUCGUGAUAAAGCCGAGACAAAGCAACGCCUGAAGUAUUUCUCUUACGUCUUUAGUGGCGCCUUCUUCUGGGAGAUUAUCCCGUUGUGGAUUGCGCCCAUUUUCCAGGGCAUCUCGAUCCCAUGUCUGGCACGACAGGAUAGCUUGGUAUUUACCAACCUAUUUGGAGGAGCGCAGAAUAACGAGGGUCUCGGUUUUCUCGGCCUCUGCUUCGAUUGGAACUACAUUGCUGGACUGAAUUCGCCUCUCUGGUUUCCUCUAUAUACACUAGUCAACAGCUUUGUCGGAUACCUGAUAUGUAUCGUCCUAUUCAUGGGCAUUUACUAUGGAAACGUGUGGCAGUCUGCGGACUUCCCUUUCCUAUCUCAGCUACUAUACGACAGCUCAUCCAACGGGACCAAUUUUGUCGAGUACAAUCUCACGGCUGUUCUAAACAGCGAUAACACCAUCAACAGCACUCUUGUUGCCAAUCAAGGGUUCCCUCAUCUCUCUGGAACAUACGUCGUGUAUCUCCUCACGACAAAUCUCGGCAUCACGGCUGCAAUCGUUCAUAUGCUCUUGUGGAAUUACGACGAUAUUAAGAAUGGCUGGGCAUUCUUGCACCCAUCCAAACUCAAGAAGCUUGCCAAGCCAUCAACAUAUGCCUUCUGGAAGAAGAGCGAAGACGAUGAUGCAGAGGUUCGACGACAACUUGUUCUAGCAGACGAAGAGAUGGACCCUCACUACAAGUUGAUGAUGCAAAAUGGAUAUGCCGAAGUGCCAAAUUGGUGGUACGGAAUCGUUCUCAUCUUGUCCUUCGUCAUCGGUAUCGCCACACUAUACGCAAUCAAGUCCACGCUGCCUUGGUGGGGAUUCAUUGUGUCGAAUAUCUUUGCCGCACUCUUCAUCCUCUUCUUUGGCGCUCAGAUGGGACUGACUGGGUUCCAAUUCAACCAACAGCCUGUUAUUCAGAUGCUGGGCGGUUAUCUGUUGCCAGGAAAGCCAUUGGCCAACAUGUACUUCACCGUGUUCGGUUUCAACGGUAUUCAGCAAGGCCAGUGGCUGCUUCGAGAUCUGAAGUUGGCUCAACUGGCACAUUUGCCGCCCAAGGCCACCUUCUUUGCUCAGAUGCUUGGUACCGUGAUUGGCGCCAUCAUGGAUUACGUGAUGAUGGUCAGCAUUGUAGACAACCAGACAGAGACGCUGCUGUCGAUUGAUGGAACCAACAUCUGGUCAGGACAAAAUGUUCAAGGAUACAACACUCUCGCUGUGGCUUGGUCUCUGGCCAAGGACAUGUUCUCAGUUGGUAACCGUUACCAAUGGGUCACGUUGGCUUAUCUUCUCGGCUUCGCGGCGCCCAUACCGUUCUGGCUGGCAUGGAAGCUGACGAAGCGCGAGGUGUUUCGCGAUGUGAAUACUUCUAUAAUAAUUUGGUACGCUGGUGUGCUUUGCGUCGGCGUCAACUCGUCACUGCUCAUGUUCUUUGGCUUCGGAAUCUUUGCUCAAUUCUACCUCCGUCGCUACCAUCCUGGCCUCUUCAUCAAGUAUAACUACUUGAUCUCCGCCGCAAUGGACGGUGGCACGCAGGUCAUGGUCUUUAUCCUCAGUUUCGCUGUUCUGGGGGCCAGUGGCAAAUCUUACAACUUUCCCACUUAUGCUCUCAACAAUGGUGGUACAAACAACAACAAGAACAUUGACUACUGCAUGUUUAACGUUGCCAGUGGCGCUUAAUCGUGCUGCUAUGUAUGAGUUUGUCAACAGGGUUAAGUUGUCAGGUAGAGAGAUACGCAUUAAUAAAAUGUUGCCAGUUGUACAUAAGCCUUUCUAUUGGUAUCGCUGGCUAAAGAAGCCAUCAUGUUAAGUGUAAGUGUAAAGUAAUUCUAGUGGUAUCAGAUAUGUAUCUAU